ACGCAGUUCGGCGGCGGCUGGUGGACGGAAAUAAACGCACCGCCGCGGAGAGCGCGCGCGUGUGUCCCGACCGCUGGGCUCGACGACGACCACGACGGCGACGACGGCGUCGCGACGCCCGACGCCAGUGCGGUGCGCGAUGUCCUAGUAGUGUGUAGUCUCGCGACGCGACGCGCCUCGUUUUACACGCGCGCAUCAAGAAAACGAGAAAUUUACUCGAACUUUUAAACAUCGCAACAUUUCUGACCAAACAACAAAACAAAAACGUUCAUUAUUUAAUGUAACCCUCUUAGUUUAGACCCGUAGUUUCCCAAACGAGAAGAAAGUAAUUUCAAAAAUUGAAAACAAAGGAAUAUUAUUAAUUGAGUGUUUAGUUAGUUAAGCCCCGCCCCGUUCAGCAGACAGCGACUUAAAGUUUGUUUCGUGUUCGUGCGAUGUCGCAUGCCGUCGCGAGUUAAGAUGCCAUCACCGACGUGCGUGCGACGCAAAUGCGGAUGACGCGCCAACGACCCGGUGCGCGACGACGACGUGCUUGUUCGCGAUGUGUGCGCGCGAGGGAGCAUGUAUGUAAUAUUCCCGGCAGAUGAAGUAGUUUAUCUGUCAUACGGUCGCCUGAUCUACAUCCCGACGGUCGCCGACGACGACACCGACCGCCCCCACGCCGAUAACGGCAUUCCGCACGAGAUCCAGCAGCAGGUCGAGCAAGCGGUGCAAGAACGACGCCAGCGCCAGUGCAGUGAAGGCUCCGCCCCGCUCACGCCCACUUCCACACCCACUCCGACCUCAAACACGCCCACACCACCAAAAGCGCCCGAACGCACUAAACGCAAUUCAAACGCGUCGAGUAUUAACAAAAAGAAACCGAACGGUAAUCUAGUUCCGCCGCCAGCGACCACACUUAGUCCUCUGAAGAAGUCGGCUACUUCGGUGAGUCUGCAAACUGCGGCCGCUACCAAUCAGAACUCUCCGAAGGCGGUUAAGAUAGCAGCAGCAUCGCGUGAUAAACGCCUCUCGUAUUCGGACUUCCUUCCUGUGCACAAGUGCCUGAAACCGCAAAAUCUUCAGAUAAAUCCCGCCUCUAACUCCACCUUUGGGUCCACCUCUUUGUUGGGCGUACCCAAAUCGCCAUCGCCCUUCGUCGCACGGAAACCGCUCGAUUUUGACGAGCUUUUUGACCGACCAGAGCCGGUUUCUUUAUCGCCAACUUCCGAAGAGUACGAGUCGCGGCUGAGGUCGCAAACGCCAGAGAAAUCCCCAACGAAAAAGAAAGCUUUCUUCCUGCCAAAGCUACCGACCAAACAACCUCCCGAACCACCACGGUUAAAAAGAUCCACGGAAUUUGGUAUUUCUGUGCGGCGCCGUCAGCAAGAAGCGCACUAUCCAGCAGAGGGCGUUGCGGGGGCGCCGCCCGCGACGGCAACGGCGGUUAAAAUGGCCGCCUCCGCCGUCCAUGAUGCGGCGACGCUGCGGGAACUCUCGCAUCCUGGCUACAACGAGCCGCUCAAGGGACACAACGCCGUCACAUUCAAAUUGAUUCGCACCGUUUCCGACUUUACCCAACAACUUAGUCAGAUGUACGAACAACACGCGGCAGAAUUACAACAUCUUGUUGCGAAUUUCCGCAAGCGUAAUGGUGAAUUACGAAAGGAAAGACCGGCUUGUGCCAGUUCAAUCUUUCACACUUGGGAGACUCUCCUGCAAGAGGUUGAGAUUGAUUCGCAGGCGCUCGGUGACAUCGCGUCCAUCUUGGGUCGUCAAGUGUCUCGGCCCUUGUUGGAAAAGUCAUUCUACCGCAAGAUUCAAUCCCGCAAGGUGUUCACGCAUCGCGAGAGCUACGAGACGAUCAUUGCCAAGACCGAAGAGAAACUUGUCAAAUGUCGGCAGGAAUACAAAAACGCAUACGUCAUGUACUUAUCAUCUCCGUCGACUGAAACGCUGAGUGGUUAUUUUAACAGCCACAACGCUUACGUCCAACAAUUGCAUGCGACGAAUGGAAUGCUUGAUGAAUACGGCAAGGAAACACUACCGCAAUUAUUACAGGAACUCGAGGAGAUCUACACUGAUCUGUGUGCGACCCUCACCGAAUCCGUGAUUCAAGGUGCCGAAGUUGUCGCAGCAAGGGCUAUGGAACAAAAUCGUCGAUACGAAGGUUUAAUUUCACAAUGUAAGGCCGCAAAUGGUACAAGCGACUUGGUACAUCUUGCAAGAGCCCUUCCUGUACCUCAAGGUCGUGCCCCACCCUUGAAACGUCUCUUUGUACCGCCUCAACCGCCCCCACAGCCACAGGAAGGCGAUGGUGAAGAUGGACCAAUCAUUUCGAACGAAAAUAUUCCACCUCCAUUGAAAGACGAGCUGGUGAUAGACCGCCUCUCUGCCGUCCAGGUGCGUCCCUCACAUGACGCCCUCCGAAAAGAAGCCGUCGAUCUAGACCUCCAAAUCAGACAAAUCAACGACGCGCUGGAAACGCUCAUUCGUCUACAACAACGCUCCGUGGAAGCGCAACUUUUCAACAAGGCCAACGAAAUUCAGGAAGACAUCAGUAUGAAACGAUUUGAUCUUAGAGUAGCACAACUCCACCUCAGCGCAAUUCAUGCCCAGAAAGAGCUCUUCUCGAACAAGUUAGACAACGCGUCAGGUGCGGGAGGCGGCGGUGAUUCGGGUCGUGAACGCAAGAUGUCCAACGCAUCCCAAGGCAGUAUGAAAACCAAGUGGUUAAAGGCUUUUAAAAGCCUCAAAACACCACCACCGGAGGCAGACAAAAAAAACCAAAUGUACCACGCUGUAUCGACGAUCAUACAGAUGAGGAAAAAUGGUUCGGCAGCUACCAAAGAACUUCUCAAAGGAGAUCCAGAUGCGCAUAACUUCCAAGAGUACACCUACAAGAAAAUCACACCGUGUGAUGUCUGCUCACAAGUUUUAAGAGGUCACACUAAACAAGGGUUAAAGUGUCGUAUCUGUAAAUUGAACGUGCAUCUCGAUUGUCAAGACAAAGCUAAUAAGUGCACCGCAAAGGCCCGCCUUCUACGAAGACAAAAAUCCACCUCCGAGAUUGAAACAAAAGCGAUUGAACCAUCUUCCGUCGAAGAAGAGAAAGCGUCCGAGGUGGACCUCAUCUAUCAGGUGCUCAAGCAGGCCGGCGAGAUAUCUAGCAACAAGACACCACCACAAUCGCAACAGGGUCACCCAUCGAUGAUGCAGCAGGUGGCGGCAAGUAGUGGUGCCACGCCCACCGUCGGCAUCCAAUUGGAGCGCGGCGCAACGCCAUCUUCAUCAGGGCAGAAUCUUAAUAGGUUGGGUUUGCGUCCGCCUAGUGCGGCCCCACGCCAAACUGGCUCAAGCCUGUGCGUCGUUAAUCCUGCUCCUUGCUCAACCAGCUCAGGGAUGAGAAGCAUGAGGAACUCGUCGAGCGCUGGCAAUUUUAAAACCGAAACGGGACAAACACACAAUCAUUAUGUCGCACCGCACUCGCCGCGCCGCCAGAAGUUGAAUCUGCGCAUGAAGUCACUCUCUCUGGAUUCUCCUGAAAGCACCGAGCACGUGCAACGUCGUCAGCAUCGUGGUGCCGCUGCCACCAGUGACCCUCAUUCCAAUCAGGGAUCUUCAUCCAGGAUACAAUUGUCGCAGGUCGGCCAUCUUGGUGCGCUGCGACUGGCCCACCAUUGCCAUCAGGUCCAAGUAGCAUCCAACGCAAGCGAGUCAAUUAACUCAACGCCCUCUAGCCCAGUCCACAAUCGUCGUUUGCUAUCCGCGAAAAACAUUCGCAUGUCCUCUGUGGAGCUACCGGAUGAUAAUGAGAAAUCUCCAAGUUCCGCUAGUACUUCACCAUGUCCCAGCCCAGUUGGUGGAAAGCAUAAGCCACAUCGUCUCCUCCCAACGAAUUUAUAUGUGGUGUUGUACAACUUUAAGUCAAGACAUCAAGAUGAGUUGGAUUUGAAAGCAGGAUACAAGGUCACAGUCAUUGACACCUCUGAUCCUGAUUGGUGGAAGGGUAAAUGUUUGGGACGCGUUGGUUACUUUCCGAGCAAGUAUUGCUCAAAACUCUCACCAGGUGAAAAACCCCUACAGGUCACUCACAACUUGCAAGUAUCCGAUGGUGACAACGGUCUCAUGUUAUUGCGUGAUCAAAUCGUGAUCCAGAUCGGUGAGGAACUGGAUGGUAUGGUUAUGAUCCGCUCCGGGGACAACCGCCAAGGAGUUUGUCCCGUCAAGUUCCUGCAGGAGGUGUGACAACGCUCCGAGGCCGCUUGUCAAGUUAAUCAAGUGUGCACCUGUAACCAACACCACCACCAACAGAAACAGCAACGUUCCCAUCACAACGACAUUUCCACCAAGAACAAAAGCACUAGCACGCAGCACGACGCCGGUAAAACCCUACAAAAGAUCUACUAUCCAUAUCCGCAACUUCCCGACUACUCGCCGAAGCCCACCCUGCAAAUGCCACCCAGGAGUAAGAAGAAUAACAAGAACAAAGCAAAGACCAACUCGACUACAGUUAAAAACAACUCCAAACCGCCAAAGAAGAACAAGAACUUUUUUCAGUUCUACAACAAUUCAUUUAAUUUUAGUAACAUAGGCAACUUUAACAACAACAGCAGCAGUAACAACAGCGAUUUCUACAAGAAUAAUACUUAUUUGGCGAAGCAGAAUAAUCUAAACAACAUCAACAAGAUUUUUGUUAAUCAAUUGAAUGCUAGUGAAGAUAGUCCGAGGAGAUUACCAAGUUAUAAGAACGGUUAUAAAAAUGGCGCUGUUUGUAACAGCGGUAAAGCGCCAUUUUCUUCUACCAAGCGACCGUUAUCAAUGCGACUAACUUCUCCGAAGAAUUUCUUCACGCGUAAAUUCCGCAGCGACUCACAAAAACGUCCGCUGUUAUUAGAGGCAUACAGUUGUGCUUCGUCAACAAGUAAUCUGCUGAAUGAUAAUGAGCAAGAGCUUGAACAUGAACACGAGAUGGUGCCGCCGUAUACAGAAGAUGGCGACAAUUAUUUAGAAGAUGAUCAGCGCGGUAGUUUGAAAAUUGUUCCCGCAUCGCGUCACGGCCUCAGGAUCUACACAAUCAGCGAGAAUGUCGAACGGUUUGCAUUUAAGAGCACGUUCUAUCGCAGUAAGAAUCUCUACAUCUCGUCGAACAGUCGACCCCUCUUCGUACGUAAAUAAACUAUAGUCUAACCAUAAAUACCAACAUACCAAAUAUGAAUUACACCGUAAAAAGAAAAACCAGAGAAAAUAUAUUGUGUGGGUGGGUAAAUGUGAGAGAAUAGCCGAGUCGAGAACCUUUUUAAGUGAGAAAACCUAUUUUUGUAAAACAAAACAAAACAAAAACACAAAACCUAAAGGAAAAAAGACGAUUAAUAUUUUUGGGACGAAACAAAUAGGUCGUAAAACUUACCACUUAACCUAAAAAAUAUUUACGAAAUAAGCUGCACUGAUUCACACCACAUUGAACACGCUUUAAAGUCACACUUUGCUAUACACACUAUUAGAUGGCGCUGCAGGUACCAACGCGAACAUAAAUUCAACUAGUCGACGCAAACAAAAAAGGGUAAAUAACGGAAUUGAACUUUGUUUUUGGAUUACUAUCGAGUAAGCGAUACACUACUACAUACAUGUUGUUUAGUUGCGUACGACUUUCGGUCACAUUUAGUUGAAAACACACACACUAGUGUCUAGAUCGAUGUUACUUAUGUGUUUAACAAAAUGACGGAGUAGUUUCGUUUUAUUCUUGUGACACUUAUGAGCAAAUCGACCACAUCACUCCAAGACUGUCCGUAUUAAUUAAAUAUAAUCGAAAUAUUGAUAUGAUAAUGAUACCAUGAUGAAAAAUAAAACGCCUAGUGAAUUGUAUAUGAUGCGUUAUCGAAUGAUAAAGAUUUACGAAAUUAUUAAUGCAUAAAAAUGAAGAGAAUUAUGAAAAAUAUUGAAAAUGACCAAUAUAUCGAUUGUUGUGUAAGAUUUUCCUUGAUACACUUGUUGUCCUAACGUCCAAAAUAUGCAAAUGUCUAGUUUAUUGUCGUUGGAUUUGUUUGGUUUUCAAAAUGGCCGACAUGAGUACUAAAAAUAACGAAUUUUUCAAUUUGCCUCAAAGUGUAAACUAAUUCAAAACAUAUAUAUUUAAAAGAAAAUAUUCGGAUUUGUAUAAGGAAACGUUUCUAAGUUGUAACGAAAUUAAAAAUAUUAUAUAAAUAUUGUUUCUAGAUCAAUUAAAAUGAUCGUAAGUAAUUGUUUAUAUUGUGCACAUUUGUAUUGUAUUGUUACAUUGUGUAUUUAGCAGAAACGAAUGCAGUAUUUGAUGAGAUUUUAUGCGCUGGAGCGAAUUUUUAAAUGGAAGGUAUAUCUACGUGUAUUUAUUUUAUGUUAAAUAAAUAAAAAUUAUAGUUAAAAGUA